UCCUCCUGUGUCAUUCUGUCCUUCCCUCCUCACUUGGUCCUCCUGUCCCUCUUCCCUCAGUGGCAGGAUUACAGAACCAGUGUCCUGUUGCUGGCGUGCCCUUGUCUGAGCUUUCUGCACGACUUUUUUCCUCUGCUCGGUUCUUCUCUUUGCUCGGGUGCUGCACCAAGCAUGGAGAAUGACCAGUCUUCCAUCUCACCUGGGCAGGACAUCCAGGGGCAGAGUGGGGACAAACCUGCCCCUGGCCUGCCAUCCCCUGCUGCAGGCCCCACGGAGCAGCCAAGAGCCUGGCCCGAAGCAGCCGUGUGUGACAUCUCAGAGGAGCUGAGCCGGCAGCUGGAGGACAUCAUUAAAACCUACGGGUCUGCCACCAGCCUGAUGGAGAAGGAAAGCACUGCUACAGGAACUGACAGGCCUGAGAAGGGAGAGCCAGGCAGCUUGGAGGAUGCAGAGUAUGAAGAUGGAAAUGAAGAGGGUGAGAAAGAGAAGCUGGCUCCUGGGGAUGCUUCCAAAGCAAAGGAGCCCAGCGGCAACAAGGAGCAGAAGCUGGAGAAGAAAAUCCUGAAGGGACUAGGAAAAGAAGCCACCCUACUAAUGCAAAGUUUGAAUAAGCUGAGUACUCCAGAAGAGAAGCUGGACCUGUUGUUUAAGAAGUAUGCUGAGCUGCUUGAAGAGCACCGUGCCGAGCAGAAAAAGCUGAAGUAUCUGCAGAAGAGGCAGGCGCAGAUCACCAAGGAGAAGGACCAGCUGCAGAGCGAGCACAGCCGAGCCAUCCUCGCCCGCAGCAAGCUCGAGAGCCUGUGCCGGGAGCUCCAGAGGCACAACAAGAACCUCAAGGAGGAAACAAUCCAGCGGGCACGGGAGGAAGAUGAGAAGAGGAAAGAAAUAACUAAUCACUUCCAGGGCACACUGAGUGAAAUCCAGGCUCAGAUCGAGCAGCAAAGUGAGAGGAACAUGAAGCUCUGCCAGGAGAACACGGAGCUGGCAGAGAAGCUGAAGAGCAUCAUUGACCAGUAUGAGCUGCGGGAAGAGCACCUUGAUAAAAUAUUUAAGCACAGAGAACUUCAACAGAAACUGGUGGAUGCCAAGUUGGAACAGUCUCAGGAAAUGAUGAAGGAAGCUGAGGAGCGACAUCAGAAAGAAAAGGAAUAUCUCCUGAACCAAGCUGCAGAAUGGAAGCUCCAGGCCAAAAUGUUAAAGGAGCAAGAGACUGUCCUACAGGCACAGAUCACUCUCUACUCUGAAAGAUUUGAAGAAUUUCAGAAAACAUUGGCCAAAAGCAAUGAAGUGUUUGCCACGUUCAAACAGGAGAUGGAAAAAAUGACAAAGAAAAUGAAGAAGUUGGAAAAGGAUACUGCUACAUGGAAAUCCAGAUUUGAGAACUGUAAUAGAGCACUACUGGACAUGAUUGAAGAGAAAGCCAUGAGGACAAAGGAAUAUGAGUGCUUCAUGCUGAAAAUCCAGAGACUAGAGAACCUUUGCCGUGCUCUGCAGGAAGAGAGGAAUGAAUUGUACAAAAAAAUAAAGCAAGCACAGCUCCCAGAAGAGGUGAAUGGAAAUGGUAUCUUAGAAGAAGAAGAUGAAGAAGAAGAAGAUGAUACUGAAAUGACCCCUUCCUCCUCUGAGCAAGCGAGCAUUGAGCUGCAUGAGAGUGACAAGAGGAUGCUGAAGCAGCUGGCUGAAGCUUUCAGGGUGUCCCACAAGGCAGAGGAGUCCCUCCCAAGCAACAGUAGCAAUCCAGAGACCUGCGAGACUCAAACACAUAAUGCCAUCCUGGUGCCAGAACCCCCUGCUCCUCUCAUUCCACAUUCAGAGCCUGGGAAUCACUGUGAGCAGCCCAGCACGAGCACAGCAGCACCCACUGAAAGUAUGACAGUGCCCACUGAGAACGUGUCCAAGCCCACCAAAAGCACACCCUCACUUCCAGGCAGGGGGCCAACACCCACAGAAAGUGUGCCAAUGCCUCCUGAGAGUGUCCUUGUACCCACCGGGAAUAUGCCAAUACCCACUGAAAGCAUGCCAGCAACACCCGAAAGUGUGCCAACACCCACACAAAACACACCCCCUUCCCUUGGGGAUGUGCCAGUACCCACUCAGUGUCCACCAAAAGCUGCAGAAUGUGCAGAUGACCCAGCAGAUAGAUCUGUCCGGGGUCAGUCUGCAGAGCAAACAGGGGACACAGACAUGGAAGCAGUGGAUUGAAGACACUGUGUGUCCAGGUUUGUCUUCUGCAAAGCAGAGCCCUGCAUUGAUUUCUAAAUGGAUACCUGGUUUUUUUGUUGGGUUGUUUUUUUUUUUUUAAGAAACAAAAAUUGGUUCCUAAAACACACUCAUGUAUUUGUAUGCAAAUGUAAUGCACUUCUCUUUGCUACCAGUAUACAGUAAUAAUGGGUCUGCAAAUUUUGCAGUCCCUCAUCUGCUUGAAGUAUAAUAUUUUCUUAAUGAUAUGAAAAUACAAUGAAAUCACAGGAUCUUUUUUUUUUCCCAGGCAUGAUGAGUCAUCUCAUUCAGGAAAAUAAUUUUAGUGUUGCCACUUCCACGUUUCAAAAACUAUUGCAAUUCUCAUGCAUAUAUUUAAAGACUUAUAAUUAAUUAGCUAUUUAUUUUGACAUUGCAUAAAAGAUGGCCUACUUGGACACACAGUGAUUUUAAUAAAUGAGGUGAAAGGAAUCUGUAAUUACAGAUUAAAAUAGUGAAACCAUAAAUGUGGUCAGCCAUAUCCAAGGAGCAGUGCAACAACUGACCACUCGCACUGUAGCCUAAACACCCACAUGCUUUUAGCCUUACUUUCCAUUGGUCUUUUCUGCUCAGUGUUCUAGAAUAGGUUUAGUUUUCAACAGCACUACAGGGAAAGGGAAAAGAUCUUUUCUAGAUUCACAUAAAAUAACUGAAAAUGACAGCAAUUUUCAAAUUGAUGGCAAUUCCCAAGGUAGGGGUCACAACUCUCCUUCUACAUCCAAUAGAAAACUGCUGCAUUAUCAUACUGUUUGGAAUCACAAGGCUGAUGGGGAUCAGGCCUGUUUCCAGCUCACAAAUGAGGUUAGAAGUUCAGAGGUUGGUUGCAGAUCCCAGUUUCCAGGCAAGGAGCAGAAAGCAGAGUGGAAGGUACCAGGACGUAUUCCAGAAGAAUACAGAAGAAUAAUCCUGAGAUCAUGUUUCUGGAUGAUGCUGUCCCUCCCAGUUACAGCCACAUGACCCACUGCUCCCUCCUGGCACUGCUGCAUGUGCUAAUGCUCCCAGGAGAAGGAUGAGGACACUCACCUGUCACCCUAUUCUGGAAGCAGAGCACAAGUCAAUAAGCCAGAAGCAAAGAGGAACCAGGAAAGCAGGAAUCCCUCUCACAGACACCUCCAGGGGCUGGCUACAUUCUCAUCCCCUUUCUGGUCUAACUGGCUCUUCCCAUCUCCCUGCCAACAGCUAUUGCUUAAGAAUGUGGGCACCUUGUCAGAAGCUGGUUUAUUCCGGUGCCAAGAACAGAGAUGAAGAAGGAAGGAGGAAAGAGAGAGUAUCAACCCUGACAGCUCUACAGUCUCAAGCAAGGAAAGUAAGCAGGCUUUUCGAAAGAAGGUUAAACAAUCCUGUAGGAGCGUUCCUUCUUUCUCAUCUCUUUCCUCUGAAUUCCAUCCAGGCCUUUCAGAGUCUGAGCUGGAUAGAUUAAGAGUUUGAAAAGGGCAAUUAAAUAAGAUGUUUAGAGGUUGGAAAGGGAAAUCUUAAAAUCAAAGAACCCCAUGUUUAUAGACAAAUUCCAAGAAGACCCUGGAGACAAAGUGACUCAUUCAAGCCAAAGCUGAAACACAGGUGAACCAAGAACCUUGACACACUAUGGGAAUCAGUGGCCACAGAGUCCUUCCAGCAUGCCACCCUCCAAAAAUGGGGUUUGAAUCCUUGCUUUCUGCCAACAUGAUCUGUACCCUGGUUAAAUGUAUCUGUGAACUGCUUGGUUCAGCCUUUUCAGGAGCUAACCCUUGGAGUCUACAGAGCAUAAACUGCAAAAGUGUGCUUGGAUAUGGCCUGUACCUAUUAGGACUACAGUUUUCAGAUGUGAAUGCCUCAUGUUAGAUAACAAGACCUACAGGAUUUAUCCCAUGUCUUCAAUCAGUGAAAGUAGAUAAUUUGAGUCUUAGUUAUCUUAAGCUCCUUGUAUAAGCAGUGGAAAAGAAAAAGCAUCUUUUGAGGAAGUUAUCCCAUGAUAAGACUGGCAUCCAAGUCAGAAGGAAUUACUUUCUCUCUGAGGAUGAUCUUUCUUUUCAGAUUCUAGAGCCAGCCUUAGACAACUAAUUUAAAUUUAAUAUGUCUAUUGUUAGGUAUCUAAAUUAAGCAACAUGAAUCCCAUCAAAUAUUCAGAUUCAAAGCCCUAAGUGAAUGGCCAUCUCUGAAAACCAAGCCAGAUAUGUGCCUGUGGAAACAUUAAUCUAUAACAAAUCUGUAUCCUAAGAUAAAAAGUUAUACUCACCUGAUACACUUCUUUUUUUAGUUUCCAUUGACUUAAGUUGAUAGAAAUAUAGUUUCCAUUACAAGUUUUGUUUGCUAUUAGGGUGACUUUUAAAAUUAAUGCAAUUUAUAUACUUGUUAAUGUUUUGGGGGUUUUAAUUCUUGAUCUUGUUUGAUUCUGUAGCCAUUUUA